AGCACACGUUACUGAGUAUCUGAUCCUUCUCCCUCAUGAUCUUUCAGCAGUUAAAUGAACGGUGCAGUGGCCAUGGAGGCCACCAGGAGACGGACCCAGCCCGGUGCCAACGGUAAAACAUCUGAGCAUGAAGAGCAGCCGGCCCAGUGGGGGAGAGCGUGGGAGGUGGACUGGUUUUCUCUGAUCAGCGUGAUCGGCCUGCUCUGCUUUGCUCCGUUCAUCGUCUUCUACUUUGUGAUGGCCUGCGACCAGUACCAGUGCUCCGUCAGCCAGCCCGUGCUUGAGCUAUACCGAGGAGAGACUACCCUGCUCUCCAUCUGGGCCCGGGCGCCCUCCGUCACCUGGACAGCUGCGAAGAUCUACGCCAUCUGGUUGGCUUUCCAGGUGUUCCUGUACAUGUGUGUUCCUGAUGUUACUCAUAAAUUAAUUCCUGGUUAUGUUGGUGGAGUCCAGGAUGGAGCUCGAACUCCUGCAGGUCUGAUUAAUAAGUACGAGAUCAACGGGCUGCAGUGCUGGCUCAUCACUCACGCCCUGUGGUUUGCCAACGCCCACUACUUCCACUGGUUCUCUCCCACCAUCGCCUUUGACAACUGGAUCCCCCUGAUGUGGUGUGCGAACAUCCUGGGCUACGCUGUGGCCUCCUUUGCUUUCGUAAAGGCCCACUACUUCCCCACAAACGCUGAAGACUGUAAGUUCACGGGGAACGUCUUCUACAACUACAUGAUGGGCGUCGAGUUCAACCCUCGGAUCGGCCAGUGGUUCGACUUCAAGCUGUUCUUCAACGGGCGGCCCGGCAUCGUGGCCUGGACCCUCAUCAACCUGUCCUACAUGGCCAAGCAGCAGGAGCUGUACGGACACGUCACCAACUCCAUGAUCCUGGUCAACGUGCUGCAGGCUAUCUAUGUGCUGGAUUUCUUCUGGAAUGAGGCGUGGUACCUGAAGACCAUCGACAUCUGCCACGACCACUUUGGAUGGUAUCUGGGCUGGGGGGACUGCGUCUGGCUCCCGUACCUCUACACCCUGCAGGGUCUGUACCUGGUCUACCACCCGGUCCAGCUCUCAGGCGCUCACGCCCUGGCCGUGCUGCUGCUCGGCCUCGUCGGUUACUACGUCUUCCGCUCCACCAACCACCAGAAGGAUCUGUUCAGACGCACCGAGGGCGCCUGCUCCAUCUGGGGCCGGACGCCGGAGUUCAUCGAGUGCUCGUACCGCUCCGCCGACGGAGGCCUCCACCGCAGCAAGCUCAUGACCUCGGGCUUCUGGGGCGUGGCGCGGCACUUCAACUACACCGGCGACCUGAUGGGCUCUCUGGCGUACUGCGCCGCCUGCGGCUUCGGACACGUGCUGCCGUACUUCUACAUCGUUUACAUGACCAUCCUGCUGGUGCACCGCUGCGUGCGCGACGAGCACCGCUGCAGCAGCAAGUACGGGAAGGACUGGAAGCGCUACACAGAUACUGUUCCCUACAGGCUGAUCCCUGGAGUGUUUUAGACACAGAGAGGGGGAGGGAGGGGGGAGGGGGGGGAGGCGGGGCUUAGAUUAGAAGCAACACUAGAUGCUGGUUAGACAUGUGGACUCAGUGAUUUUUUUACAUAUGAAGAAUAUACCUCAAUGAUAACAUUUAGCACUUCAUUUAAUUCCUUCUGUAGUUGAUGUGUUUUUAACUUUGACAUGUGGAGAGCUGUGGACGAGUCCCGUUUAUGACGACAUCACACUUUGAUACAUCAGCCCUCUGUGUUGUCUGAACUGUGACCGUUUAACAUGAUAAAGAUCAUUUUCAAAAAAACGUUUCAAUAAAUCUACAGAAGCAGGACCAAG